UUACUUCCAACUUCCAUACAUGGAUUUCAGUGGCAAACACAGUUAUUGUUUCUCAUCCAUUGAUAGAGAAAACAAGCAGGCUGGUGUCUCUCUCCCUUCUCUCUCUCUCUUUCUUCUUCUUCUGACUUCAACAACGUCAUUACGUCCUUUAUCUUCUAUUGACGUAAGCACGCCCCACACACACAUACACACACACUCUCUAUCUUAAAGGGACUUUUACUGAGUCCGUAACAAUAUUGAUAAUGAAAUUCACCAUCACCUUCAGUGUGCCAGCAGUUUUUGACUGGCUGAAGAGUAUUUGAACAUCAAGAUAAACCUAGCACAAAGCUCAUGAUCUACCAGGCACUGGCGAUCCCUGCCCGACUAUAUGCCUCAGUGCACCUCAAACUACUAGAGAGUUACCACAUACAAUCCCCCAAAUCCACUGACUGGAUAAGCAAACCAACAUCAGUUGUCUUCUCCCAGCCCCUCAUCCAUUGAAGCCCUAAUUACACUUUAGUCAACUCUGAUGGGCAGGCUCAACACCAGAUUCCCAAAACAGACACUCGGAGGUUGUGCAGUGGACAGAGGAAAUGAUGCAAGGAUGUUCACAAAGUCUCCUUGGAAAAAUGGUAACAUCGGCACUGACUUAUAGAUAGAUGUUCCUGGCGCAUGACCAUUCACAAUGGGAAAGGAACAUUCAGAAUAGCACUGAGAACCAUGAGUUCACUUGUUGGGAGCACUCAGAAUCCCAAUAUAAAUGGUGGAAGGACUGCUCUGCAGCCCCACUCCCCUCCCCAAACUCACUCAUCAUACCAAGCACCUCCUCCCUUUGGGUCAUACCCACAUUGGCCUCAAGAACUACUUAGGAAUCCACAGGACUGAAGUUGUUGCAAGUCAUUCUUGAUCCUGAGGGACUGCUUAAGAGAUAGCGAGGAAUAGAGACUGGUUAGAAACUAACAUUGGAGAUGUUUUAUUUCUAUGACUUAAAAAAUAAAGACCCAAAAAUAAGUGGAUGCUGAGUCAAUAAGUAUAGAAACAAAGUAGGUGAACACCUGUCAAAGUUGUUGAAGCUCUGUAACAGUUUCUAUAUGUCUCUGAUGUUCUGAUUUAGUAACAAUUAAACUUGUUUUAAAUAAUUUAAAUAUAUUAAUUUUGUUUAAAUAAAAAUAAUAGUAAUUGAAAACAUUAAAAUAUUAAAAAAUAAUUUGAUAUCCCAAAGUACAUUUUUAAAAAAUAAGGAAAAUAAAUAACAGAACUUAUUUUUCCCAAUCUCCAGAUCAGGAAACUCCAUUUAAAUGCCUCAAAUCCUCUGCCAAACUGACUGGCAAAGGAUCACAGAAGCAGAUUUGUCAGCAUAAUGUUGGGAAAUGGGUAAAUGAUAGCACAAUUGGCCCCAGUAUUGGAUUACACAUAGAGUCCAGUGUCAGAGAGGGGUAAUAAAUCUAAUUAUGUAUUUUCUUGAAAUGGUAUCACAAAUGUAUUUAUUUCAGGAAAUAACCAUAUAUUAAUAAUGUUCGUGAUUUUUAAUGUUUUAAGGACAUCCUUAGAUCCUGAAAACAGCUGCAUUAAUGCAAGCUUUAUUUCUUUCUUACUCAGUGCUUUCUGUGUCAAUUCUUUGUGGUGUCACAAUGCUGAGGCCCACUGCUAAUUCCCCAUUUCUUCUGAUCUUCAGACCUGGCAGAAUGAUACCAGUCGGGUCAAAUUUAAAUUCCUGCUUAUACCUCUGGCAGCAUCCAUGGCAUUUGUUUUUUGGAUUAGUAAUUCUGCAGCUCCUCUGUGAAUUUGAGCUUGAGUCUUUUAUCGCUUGGGGGAAAUUAACUUUCCAAUAGUAUCAUGCUAUCUCUGUCACACGUUUUUCAAAGGCAAAAGGUAUAGAAAAAUUGGGAAUGUCAGCCAUUCUUUUGAUUUAUUCGGAGGAAUUUGGUUGGUUAUCCGAGGUAUGAAAACAGAGGAUGAUUAGUAACAAUGAAUAUAUAUUUAGUUCUAAAGUAUCGCAGUGCCCCCAUUUUCUCUUCUCCUUGGUGGGAUGUUGCACGACAUAUUCCAUCUGAACAUAUAAUCAUACUUUUUUGUCUACUAUUCACUUGACAGUUUUUGUAUUGUUUUUAUAUCAACUCAUCGUAUUACGGGUGUAAUUCUUCUGUGUAUCGUUAGCUACCAGAUAUUUAAAAAUAACUGAAUUAAAUGGAAGUUUGAAAUAUCGUCUGUUCUCUCAGUGUUUUACUCUGGCGAUUGGCUUAAGUUAUAUUUGCUGGAACUUCAGAUGAAAGGUAAAAGCAAAUAACGGCCACUCCCAGCGAGACACCAAUUGAUCCGCCCAAGUGUUGCAUCAUUCCGGAAUCCGGAGGCAUGAGGGUCUGAAUGACUGAGGGAACAACGCUGAGAAGAAUGAUUCAGUGAUUCAACUUCGGCGAAUUUAGCGUUUAAAAGCGAGAAGCAAGCAGGUCGCGCCCAUUUGCAGAGGGUCCGAACGGGCGACAGUAGUCGCGGCGCCUUUCAGACAAAACCAUCGCCACCAACGCAGGUUAAACAGAGACUGAAUUCAAGACCUCAUGUCUAAUUUAAAGAAGAGAGGCUCGGGUUCAGUCCGGGAGCCAGGGGAAGAUGAUGGUCAGGUGAAAGAGCGAAUGUUAGCAGCAAGUGCGAACGGGGAACCGGGUGUGUGCCCCGGCCGAGACCAGGACAGUCCGCAAACACUGGCCUCGCCGACAGCCCCCGCCGAGCAGCCCUCGGACGUCACCCUAAAGCGAACCAUUACCCUGACGAACGGGAUCGCCAUUAUCGUGGGAACCAUCAUCGGCUCGGGUAUCUUCAUCACCCCCACCGGGGUGGUGCGAGAGGCGGGCUCGGUGGGCUUCUCGCUCAUCAUCUGGUCCGUGUGUGGCGUCUUCUCCACCAUCGGAGCGCUCUGCUACGCCGAGCUGGGCACCACCAUCAUGAAGUCAGGAGGGGACUACGCGUAUAUCUUGGAGGUGUACGGCUCUCUCAUGGCUUUCCUCAAACUCUGGAUCGAGUUGCUCAUCAUCCGGCCCAGCUCGCAGUACAUCGUGGCGCUGGUCUUCGCCACCUAUAUCAUCAAACCCGUCUUCCCCUCCUGCUCUGUGCCCGAAGAUGGAGCCAAAUUGGUGGCUUGUCUUUGCAUCUUGUUUCUGACAGCAGUGAACUGUUACAGUGUAAAAGCAGCUACGAGAGUGCAAGAUAUCUUUGCUGGAGCAAAAUUACUGGCAUUAUGUAUCAUCAUUAUUUUGGGCUUUGUGCAGAUUUUUAAAGGUGAUACUCCUUAUUUGGAACCUAAACGAGCCUUUGAGGGGACAACAACGGAUGUGGGAAAAGCAGUACUGGCAGUGUACAGUGGCCUCUUUGCCUUUGGUGGCUGGAAUUACUUGAAUUUUGUUACAGAAGAAAUGAUUGAGCCAUUCAAGAAUCUGCCUCGUGCUAUUAUCAUCUCCAUGCCAAUUGUGACAGUAGUGUAUGUGUUGACCAACCUGGCAUAUUUUACAACCCUGUCUCCUGAGUUAAUGCUGCAAUCAGAAGCUGUGGCUGUGGACUUUGGGAAUAUCCACUUGGGUGUAAUGUCCUGGAUUGUCCCUGUGUUUGUAGGGCUUUCUUGUUUUGGUUCUGUCAAUGGAUCGCUCUUCACUUCAUCUAGGUUAUUCUUUGUGGGAGCACGAGAGGGUCACUUGCCCAACCUCCUAUCAAUGAUCCAUCCAAAACACUUCACUCCUUUACCAUCAUUAAUAUUUACUUGUUGGAUGACUUUGAUGUAUGCAUUUUCUGUCGACAUAUACUCUGUCAUUAACUUCUUCAGUUUUUUCAACUGGCUGUGCAUUGCAUUAGCUAUUGUUGGAAUGAUGUGGCUGCGUUACAAGAAACCAGAAAUAGAACGGCCAAUAAAGUUUAAUAUCCUCCUCCCGAUCAUUUUUGUGCUCGCCUGUGUUUUUUUGAUUGUUGUAUCCAUAUGGAUGACACCCGUGGAAUGCGUCAUUGGUUUUGUCAUAAUCCUCUCCGGAAUUCCAGUCUAUUUUAUAGGAGUUCACUGGAAAAACAAACCCAAGUGGCUUUUGAAUGCAAUCGAUUCUGUUACUGUUUUCAGUCAAAAGGUUUUGGUGGUGGUACCUCAAACUUCACAAUAAGAAAAUUAAGCUCCUUAAGAAAAACGCACAAAUAGUCAAGGAAAAGAGGCAAUGUUAAAUGCUCCAAAGUCAACUUUUUGUUUCUUGGAAUUAUUUCUGUUUGUCUUCAAAGUGAAGAUUUUUCACUCAUCUCAAAAUCUGUUGAGAAAUUAUUGUGCGAUCCUUUUAUUAGAAGAGGACUCGGAUGUCUAAUACCACACCUGGGUGAAGAUCAUGUAAUGUGCUUUUAAUGUUUAUAUGUAUUCAUGUUAGGUCAAUGAUAGUUCUUGUUGCUCUGUUACUUUUUCUUAAAUUUGUUAUUGAACACACUUCUGAAACCCUUGUGCCUGCUAUACAGUCCUGGAUGUAAAUAGGACGAAAUUCUUAAAAUUGUAUGGGAAAGAUUGACUUUUAAAUUGGGCCUCCAAGCAUUCUUCUACAUGGAGUGCUUCAGAGAAGAAACAUUUUAUAACCUUACAUGUUUGGUUCUUUAAAGUCAAAACUGCAUUUUGAACUCCUUGUGGGUUCCUGUCUUUUGUAAUUCAUUUUGGUUGAACAUGUUUAAUGAGUAAAUGUGCAUAUACUCUGGUCAACAACAAGCAGCUGGUUUAUCCAAUAACUGAUUGAAUGCUGUAUUACAGGGGCAUUUUAUCCACACUGUCAGCUGUUGUCAGUAUGGAACAGUGAUACAGUUUCCCUCAACAUCCCAAGCUUUGGAAGGAAAGAUUGGUUAAGAUGCUUUUUCACUUUCUACUGAAGUUGGGGUGGGACUAAAUUUUAGCUGCUUGCUGUUUAGUGCUUGGCUUUGACUCUUCCACAAUUAAAUAGCUUGCUGCCACUUUCAAUCAUGACUCAUUCAUCAAUACUGGAGGGUAUCCAUAGUUUGUGGAUCCACAUCCCAGUAUGAAAGAAUGUCCUGUAUUAUGUACUCACCUCUGAAAUACUUAAUAUUAUCCCACAAAAAAUAGUGGAGACCAUUUUAAUGGCAAUGAGAAAACAGACACAAGUUCCCAUUUCUUUUUAAUAAAUGGAGCCUCUGUAAAUGAAGUAUGGAAACCAGGACCUAAACUUAUGGAAUCUAUCUCUAACUGCUACCUGGGUGUUAUUUAUCUCUGAGGAGUGGUUGCAUGUUCUACCCUAUAUAAGACAAUCUUUGCAAUGUUUAGAAAAUAUACUUCUGGUAAAAUAGGUUCAUUUUGUUUUUUGGGGCAAGUGUUAUGGACUAGAUUACUAUUGGUGAAUGUCCCUUUAAGAUAGAGCAUUGUGUGUGGCGUGGUUAA